UGUAAUGCAUUCAAAAUAGUCUUUACCACUAUUGAAGACUUGACCUCCGAGCUUUGAAGGUCCAUCAAUGGCGGAAAUCUCUGAAACCAUGGGAACUGAAUCAUCUCCACCAGAAGAAACCACAAACGAACACUCAAAAUCAUCAAACUUCGAUGAUAAAACCAUGCGCAAGACAAAACCUGGAUUAAAGCGUCUCAUACUAACCCUAACCGUCUUAUUCUCCUUCCUCUUAGGUCUCCCAUGGCUACUUAAAUCCAUCGAGAUCUAUCGAUCACCUCUUCCGUUUCGCGAUAUAGAUUCGCUAGCAACCGCUAUUGAUUCAAAACCGUUAGUGUUUCCGUGUAGAUUUCAUCUAGUGUUUGUUAAUUUUGAUCACAGUAGUUCAAUUAAGCCGAAGGUUGACAACCUAGGGUUUCUGGUUAGCAGUUAUAUGUCAGAAUAUGCUGUUAGUAAUUCAUAUUGUGGCACUUGUGAUGGAAACUAUACGGUUUCAGUUAGUUUAGACACUGGUGAUAACUGUGUAGAAUAUGAAGAUGCUGAUAAAAGGAUAUUAUGGAAGUGUGGAGCAUUAAGUGAGUUCAAUUUUGAUCAGAGUGAUGAAGCGUUUGAUGAGUACUUGCAGGAUACUGUGGGAGGGAGUAGGGUUUAUACUGUUGUGGUUGUGAAUACGGAUCAAGGGGAUAGAUUAAGGGCGGUGGUGGGGAAGUACCGGCAUGCUUGGGUUGUAGGUAGGGUUGGAGAGAUGAAUUUGGUGGCGGAAAUGGCGGCAGAGAUGUUUGUGAAGGUAUUUGUGAGUGGUGCGAAAGAUGAAGGGAGUAUUCAAGGGGAGUUUAUGCCUGUUGGUGCUGAUGGGAAGAUUGUUCUUUCUUUCAAUUUGUUGAAUGCUGAUCCGCGUGAUUGGGUUUAUGAUUGGGACUUUAAAGAGGUAGAUGAGAAACUUCUAGCUCCUACACUUGAAGCUUUGGCGCCUAUAGCGAAUAUAAGUGUGGAAAGUCAGGUUUUGUAUCAUACUCCAAAAUCUUCAUAUUCUUAUUGGGAUGAUGAACAGGAGAGCCAUAUCUUUAGCACCAAAGAUCUUCCGUUCUUUGUGAAUUCAAAUGAAUGGCACCUGGAUACUUCCAUAGCGGCUGGUGGGCGAUCAAAGAUUUUGCAAUUUGUGGUAUAUGUACCAUCUGCCAAUGAAUGUCCACUCAGGUUACAGCUUCCAACUGGAGAGAUUUCUGUCACGAAUGGCUUUAUAUCUCCAACAUGGGGAGGUGUUGUAGUUUUCAAUCCUCCUAACUGCUUGGAAAAUGCAAACAGCAUGCACCCUCUCAGGCGUAAACUUUCGUCCCAGGAACUUAACCAGAUUUUCGAAGUUUUCAUGGGGCAACUUCGACAAUUAUUUGGUUUAAAAUCUACUGGUUUCUACAAGGGUUCAUCAGGAACUUCUGUUCUUUUAGCCAGUGAAAGAGGCUUUACAGAAUGGGAACUAGAUGCUUUGGCUCGACAACAUGCAUGUUAUAAUCUUCAACAGUGUGGUACAACGCUUGGAUCACUUUCAAGAUUGGUCCAAUCACUACCAAGAAUGAUCAUUAAGGAUGAGAUUGGAAAACAGGUCAAGUUUUCUCUGGAGGCUGCAAAAUUAGCUCAACAUAACGCCUCACAAGGCAUUUGUGACGCUUCAGCGGUUUCCUCGAGGCAUGCUAGAUCGUUGGCUGAGGACGCGUUCUUUCACCCAUCUGUAAUGUCUAUCAGUUACUACUCAUUUGAGCACAUGUUUGCUGUCUAUUCGCCAUUUUUCCUGCCACUUUCGCUGCAUGUGAUUCUUGCGGUUGUGCGAGAGAUAAAAAGAUACAAACAAGAAAGCAGAAAAUAUGCAGCUUGGGAAGCCUUAAGAAAGCAGCAUUCUGAUUAGAUUACUAGUAAUUUGUUCCAAUUUGGCUGUUUACAUUUCUUCAUUGUGACUGUAGUUUAGCCGUUGAGUAUUACUUUAUGUCACAGAAAAUUUAUAUGAACGAAUCCUAUAUACAAUGUGUUAGAUUUUGUCCAA